AUGACCUUCUUUCAUUUCGUUUCCACUUUUCUCUUAUCCUUUGUUUCUCCUGGUGAUUCAGAUGGUACCAAUUUACAAAGUGGAGCAAUUAAUUUUGAUGAUACCUCUGCAUCAUCGGGAAUGGUUCAAAGUUUGAGUUUUUCCUUUUUAAUUACCGAAGUACUGAAAACAUUGAUUGGAGCUUUGGAUUUGAUCGGAAUUUAUUUCUUGCUAUCAUCCAAGUGGUUAUUGGGCGACCAGAUUUCACAAAUAUAUGGAUGUGCCAUUGGAUGGACAAUGGGAGAUAAUUUAUUGAAUCGUUUAAUUCCACUUUGGUUUAGUACUCGUGGCUUACAAUUUGAAACAAAGGCACUCCAAAUGGCUGUCUAUUCCAAUGUGGUCAUGCUCGAAUGGAUUUGUGUUGUGAUUUUCGUUUUCCUUUACAGCAGAAAAAAGAUGAUGAACCUCUCGAAUGAUGCCGACGUAGAGGAAAGAGGCUCAUUAUCCCAUAGUACUUCCAGUGUAAACAAUUCUCAUCAUAGUAGCAGUAGUAAUUGUUGUACGAGUAGUAAUAGUAACGAGCGCAUGCCCACUUUGAAUUAUACUUAUACUCCGGAUCAAAUCAACAACAAGAAUCAGCUACCUAAUCAUACCAAGACGACUCUACUCUUAAAAUCAUCAUCAUGUCCGUAUUGUUUUCAUACGAAAUUGGAUAGCCUUUUGAGUGAUUACUUUCCAUGCUCGAGUCGUGAGCUCCGAGAAAUGUACGGGACCGAACAUUUUGUUGAGUUGAGUUCAAAAUUGGCGGGCACGAGUUGCAACACGAAAGAACAACAACAGUAUUAUCAUGCUUGUAUGAAUCAUUAUUGCUCUGCUUCUUCAUCAUCAUACGACUCACAAUACGCUUCACAAACGCUCACUGACAUGGAAAAUACUUCAGAUCUAUUCAUGUCACCUAAAGAGAGGCAAGCCAUGGUGAAUACGAUUACACUGAAAACGAUCCAAUUAGUGAUGGAUCCAAAUCCGGCAAAAAUUGCCUUACUUUUUCACCCUCGUUUUGAGCAUUCUCUUGGUUUUUCGCCAGGAAGAACCUUUGUAGUGAUGGGAAAUAAUGAAAGUAAUUGCUUGGGAUGCACAACUAAUGAAUGGCUCAAAUUCAUCAAGGAUGACACGGGUUUGGAACUCAAAAAUCCACAAACCAUGUUCGUACCAGAGAACUUUGAGGACGAUCAAGAUGAUUUGUUUGAAACCUUGAAAUUAUCUCCAAAAAUUUAUUCAACAAGUGACAGUAGUUCUGAGAUUGCAUUUGUUGCAACUGGGCAUGAUUUUUCGAUUUUUGUGUUUAAGUGUGGAUGUAUAGGAUUGUGUGGAACAUGGGGCGAAGGGGGUGCAUCCUUAUUUCGAUUUACAUGGUCAAAACCACUGAAGACUGUUUGCCCUUCAAUGUUUGCCACUUUUUACGUGUCAAGCGACUGUAAAUCGAUUUAUUCAUGGGGUUUUAAUUCUCAAGGUCAAGGAUCCACUAAAGCUGGUGAUGCCUUUGUGCUUCCCAAACGAGUCGACCCAAACCUGUAUCACAAUGAGACCAUUAAAUUGGUCAAGAUUGGAUCCGAAAACUCAUACAUGAUAACAGAAAAUGAUAAAUUAUUCGUUGCUGGAUGCAAUGGAAAUCAUGAGUUAGGAAUUCCAUGGAGGGACGUCGCAGAAGGGCAUGACAAUGACACUCGUUACCAUGUCGAUUAUUUUCUUCCAGAAAACAUUCUUGAGUUAAUUAAGGAACGAAAAAUCGUCACUCAAUUCACACAAAUCGACUAUCUUCCGAAAAAGGUCAAGCUUGUUGAUCUCAGUAUUGGUGAAAAGCAUGUAUUUGUUUUGACUGGAGAUGGUGAAAUCUACUUUACUGGACAAAAUUCACACGGUCAACUUGGCUAUAGCAACAUUACCGAACAAUGCAUAUUUGAAAAACACAAGUGGACGGAAGAAAACAAUACUCGAAUACGAUUAAUUCAUUGUUUUGCGAAUUCUACUAUUUGGAUUACAGUCAAUGAUGAAGUCUAUAUUUGUGGAGACAAUGCUCUUUGUGAAAUGGGCGUAACAACCGCUGAAGGUUGCAUCAUGACUCCAAUUCUGCAUCCAACUCUGAGCUAUCAAGGUAUUUCUAAAAUCAUUGGAAAUAACAACAUUUUCGCCCUCACCAAUGAUGGAAGAAUUUUGUGCUGGGGAAGCAAUGAGAAUAAUGAACUCGGUCUCGACGAGGCAACUCUUAAUGAUAACCCAGAUGGUAUUGAAAUACCUAUUCGUAAUUAUUUCCUCGAAGGAAUUGCACGAACAGUAUGGGAACGAGGAUACAAGCUUGAACUCUCGGCUGGCUUUAAUCAUACCAUUGUGUAUUUUAAGAACGUUUCCAAAAUGUUGAACAUGAUGUUCACAAAGUUAGAACAAGCUUCUAAGGGUGAAUACGCUAGUGACUUUUCGGAUGUUACAUUUGUGAGCACAACGAGCAUGCACAUCGAUGAAAACGUUGACACCAAUUCGAGUAUGUUAGUGAAAAGAAAACUCAUCGCCUUCUCUUCUGAAGAAGAUGAAGAGGAUAACAUGGUCAAGACUCAUCAUGGCCACACAAAGAAAUCAAAACCCUAA